AUGGAGCUGGUGCAGAAGGAGCACGACCGGCUUUCCAAGAAGAUCAAGGCCGGUCAAGGAAUUAAGAACGUGCAGUCUACCAUAGAUUUACUUCAGUCGGCACGAGAUGCAAUUGCUGCAGAUCCCAGUCAAGCAUCCAUUACACUGGCUAAGCUCCAGAAUCCCGUCAAAUCGUCUUUUGAUUCCAUCAACGAUAGUCUAAAAGAAACACACAGUGGUCUCAACAAAUACUCCAAAUCGUUAGAUAAGUUGUUCAAAGAUCGACCUUUGCCGAGCACCGAGCAUGAUGUCCUUUCGUCCCAAGAACACCUUAUCAACAGGGCCAUCGCCAUGCACCUUCUCCGAGAAGGACAGUUUUCCGUUGCGUCGGAGUUCCUGAACGAAAUGGCACAAAAGAAAGCGAUGAAAAAGCAGCAAGAAGGAGAUAUAGAGGCUAUAGACAAUGCGGCCUCGCUCUUAGAUCUCGAUGAAGUUCCGCCGGGUGAGGUGCGGCAACAGUUCCACACCAUGUACCACAUCCUUCAUGAGCUGAAGGAAAACAACAACCUGCUGCCGGCAAUACAGUGGUCCAGGGAGAAUAAGGAGGCCUUGGAAGCGAGAGGUAGUAACCUUGAGUUCGAAUUGUGCAGGCUGCAAUUCGUCUGGCUUUUCUACGGCGGACAGCAUCAGCAAGGACCCAGUCCGGGUGGACGGCAGGCAGCUUUGGAAUAUGGCAGGCGUGAAUUCCACACGUUCUUGCCCAGGUAUCUGCGCGAGGUCCAACAGCUCAUGGGUGCCAUGGCAUUUUGCCCCAAUCUGCGAGACUCCCCGUACAAUCAUAUCUUCAAUAACCCGUCGGCAUGGUCCGAUGUGGCACACUCAUUCACGCGAGAGUUUUGCUCGCUCCUCGGCUUGUCGGCCGAUUCGCCCCUAUAUGUUGCUGCUACGGCUGGUGCGAUAGCGUUGCCGACACUGUUGAAGUUGCAGACUAUCAUGAAAGCCAAACGCACCGAGUGGACCACGGAGAAUGAGCUCCCGGUUGAGAUUCCGCUACCGCCGUCAUAUCUCUUCCAUUCUAUUUUUGGUCAGUUCAGCGGAUAUAGCGGAUCACAAGUGCAGGCACAUCUCCACACCGCAAUGGGCGUCGGUUACACAAUUUGCAAGCAGGCGUUAUGUGACUGGCCGUCUCCAGGAGAUGCAAUCGGAUCACUGCAUGCGAAGCUAAGUGUCUUGAAGGUGUCUUUGUGUAAUUCCAGAAAGCAGCGGCUGUUGAUGCAACCUGUCUACACCCGAACCAGGCACGGCGCUACCCUCACUUGGAUGCAUCGAGUCUCUGCGCCGAUCGCGGGUGUGGACGGAACGAAGCAUGCCGGGCUGAUUCGCUCUGGCGCCUUUAAGUCUCCACCUCCCAAUUUCCCUCCUUGA